GGAAAUUGCAGAUAUUCCGGGGGUCUGACUAGUGACUACUAUAAAAGCAAGUCGCCAUCUUUAUCCCACCAAAACAUCUCUGAGCUAGUGAGCUUUUGGGAAUUAUAAUGGAGGCUACGAAUUUGGGAAUUAUAAGAGGAGGGAGCAUAAGAGGGAGCUCUACUAGAGUAGGGAGUUUGAGAGGAAGCAACAAUUCUAUAUGGAGGAGCACCGGCGCGGAGGUGUUCUCCCGGUCGUCGAGAGACGAGGACGACGAGGAGGCCUUGAAAUGGGCAGCGCUGGAGAAACUGCCCACGUUUGAUCGCCUCCGAAAAGGGCUCCUCUUCGGCUCCCACGGGCCUGCCACGGAGGUGGAUAUCGACGAUCUCGGCUUCCAAGAGAGACAAAAUCUGCUUCGGAGGCUCGUGAAUGUCGCCGAUGAGGACAAUGAGAAGUUCUUGUUGAAACUCAGGAACAGAAUUGACAGAGUUGGGAUUGAUCUUCCUUCCAUUGAAGUGAGAUAUGAGCAUCUGAAUGUGGAGGCAGAUGCUUAUGGAGGCAGUAGAGCUUUGCCUUCCUUCAUCAACUUCUUUACCAAUUACAUUGAGGAUUUUCUGAACGUCCUUCACAUAACCAAGAGCAAAAAGAGGAGGGUUGCUAUUUUGAAUGAUAUUAGUGGAAUAGUCAAACCAUGUAGAAUGACCCUAUUGUUGGGACCUCCUGGUUCUGGGAAGACGACCCUUUUGCUGGCGUUGGCUGGAAAGCUUGAUAAAGACCUAAAGGUUGGAGGGAGAGUGACCUAUAACGGGCAUAGCCUCAAGGAAUUCGUGCCCCAAAGAACGGCUGCUUACAUUAGUCAACACGAUUUGCACAUUGGUGAAAUGACUGUCAGAGAGACGUUGGAAUUCUCUGCUAGAUGUCAAGGCGUCGGCUCUCGUUAUGAAAUGUUGGUGGAGUUGUCAAGAAGAGAGAAGGCAGCAAAUAUAAAGCCGGAUCCAGAUGUUGAUGUUUACAUGAAGGUAAACAAGUCAGAUACGUGUUGAAUCGAUCUGGUCGUCUUUUUCGUAGUAUUAUUAUUAUUGUUACUUUUUACUUUUCUUUUUUCCUUGAUUAAUUAAAACCGGAUCCAGAUGUUGAUGUUUACAUGAAGGCUGCAGCUACUGAAGGACAAGAAGCCAAUGUGGUGACCGAUUAUAUUCUCAAGGUUUUAGGAUUAGAAGUAUGUGCAGACACAAUGGUCGGAGACCAGAUGGUACGAGGUAUUUCCGGUGGCCAGAAAAAGCGUGUCACCACCGGUGAAAUGCUCGUUGGACCGGCAAAAGCUCUUUUUAUGGACGAAAUCUCGACGGGGCUCGACAGUUCCACAACCUACUCUAUUGUCAACUCGCUGCGGCAAUUUGUCCACAUUCUCAAGGGUACUGCGGUCAUUUCCCUGCUCCAACCGGCACCUGAGACCUACAAUCUAUUUGAUGACAUCAUUCUGUUGUCAGAAGGGUACGUCGUUUACAAUGGGCCCCGCGAAGACAUUCUGGAUUUUUUCGAAUCCAUGGGUUUCAAAUGCCCUCAGAGAAAAGGCGUUGCUGAUUUUUUACAAGAAGUAACUUCAAAGAAAGAUCAACAACAAUAUUGGACUCGCAGAAAUGAGCCUUAUAGGUUUGUGAAGGCUAAGGAAUUUGCAGAGGCGUACCAAUCUUUCCAUGUUGGGAGGAGAAUGACAGAUGAGCUUUCACUACCAUUCGAUAAAACAAAAAGUCACCCUGCCGCCUUAACAAGUGGGGACUAUGGUAUAGGGAAGAGGCAGCUCUUGAAAGUUUGCACAGAUAGAGAGUUUUUGCUAAUGCAAAGAAACUCAUUUGCUUACAUCUUCAAGUUCUUUCAGCUUUUGAUAAUGUGUUCUGUUAGCAUGACUCUAUUUUUGCGAACGGAAAUGAAGAGAGAUAACGAAACCGAUGGUGGGAUUUUUGUGGGUGCCUUAUUUUUUGGCGUGAUUAUGAUCAUGUUCAAUGGUAUGUCAGAGCUUCCAAUGACCAUUUAUAAGCUCCCGGUGUUCUACAAGCAAAGAGACCUCCGGUUCUUCCCCCCUUGGGCUUAUUCUAUUCCUUCGUGGAUCCUCAAAGUGCCUAUUACAUUGGUUGAAGUCAGCCUUUGGGUGUUUAUUUCUUACUACGUCAUAGGGUUUGAUCCAAAUGUUAGCAGGUUGUUCAAACAGUUCUUGAUAUUGGUAAUGUUGAACCAAAUGGCCUCUUCAUUAUUUCGAUUGAUUGCAGCAAUGGGUAGGACUAUGGGAGUUGCAAACACAUAUGGGUCAUUUGCUUUGCUUUUAUUGUUUGCUUUGGGUGGCUUUGUUCUCUCUCGAGAUGAUGUGAAGAGUUGGUGGAUUUGGGGCUAUUGGUCUUCCCCAUUGAUGUAUACCAUGAAUGCAAUUCUUGUUAAUGAAUUUAACGGGAAGAGUUGGAGACAUAUCGCCCCAAAUGGUACUGAACCACUUGGAGAUGCAGUUAUGAAAUCAAGAGGAUUCUUCCCAGAAGCUAAAUGGUAUUGGAUAGGUGUGGUUGCACUCUUUGGAUUCAUAGUGCUCUUCAACAUCUUGUAUACUCUAGCUCUCCAAUUUCUAAAUCCAUUUGGCAAACCUCAAGCUCAUGUACCAGCUGAUUCUGAAAGUGAAUUUGCUUCAACCCAAAACAUCAAUAAUCAAUCCCAAUUCGUAGAGAAUGACAACUCGAAGACAGGAAUGGUUCUUCCAUUUGAACCCCAUUCCCUUACAUUUGACAAUGUUGUCUACUCUGUCGACAUGCCACAGGAAAUGAAAGAUCAAGGUGCCACUGAGGAUAGGUUAGUUCUUUUAAAGGGUGUGAGUGGAGCUUUCAGGCCAGGCGUUCUUACUGCUUUGAUGGGAGUGAGCGGGGCCGGGAAAACAACUCUUAUGGAUGUUUUGGCUGGAAGAAAAACUGGUGGACACAUUGAUGGGGAUAUAAAAAUAUCUGGAUUUCCUAAAAAACAAGAAACUUUUGCACGAAUUUCAGGAUAUUGUGAACAAAAUGAUAUCCAUUCUCCCUUUGUCACUGUUCACGAGUCCUUGGUGUACUCAGCCUGGUUGCGUUUGCCUAAAGAUGUUGAUGCUAAAACGAGAAAGAUGUUUGUUGAUGAAGUAAUGGAACUUGUUGAGUUGAAUGAAUUGAAAUCCGCUCUUGUUGGGUUGCCUGGAGUUAAUGGACUAUCAACUGAACAACGGAAAAGGCUAACAAUAGCAGUGGAGUUAGUGGCAAACCCUUCAAUCAUAUUCAUGGAUGAACCAACUUCUGGACUUGAUGCCAGAGCUGCUGCAAUUGUCAUGAGAACUGUGAGGAACACUGUUGACACUGGUAGAACCGUAGUUUGCACCAUUCAUCAACCUAGCAUAGACAUUUUUGAAGCUUUUGAUGAGCUCUUUCUAAUGAAGAGAGGAGGACAAGAGAUUUAUGUCGGACCAUUGGGGCAUCAUUCAUGUCAUUUGGUCAAUUACUUUGAGGCCAUUAGCGGAGUUGGAAAAGUCAAGGAUGGGUACAAUCCAGCAACAUGGAUGUUGGAAGUGACAGCUUCUGCCCAAGAAAUGUUGUUAGGAGUUGACUUUUCAGACAUCUAUAAGAAUUCAGAUCUCUACAGAAGGAAUAAAGCACUAAUAAGUGAAUUAAGCACACCCCGUCCCGGUUCCACGGAUUUGUAUUUCCCAACUCAGUAUUCACAAGGUUUUUGGAGUCAAUGUAUGGCAUGUCUAUGGAAGCAACACUGGUCCUAUUGGCGUAACACAUCUUACACUUCAGUUAGAUUCCUCUUCACAGCCGUCAUAGCAUUGGCUUUUGGGACAAUGUUUUGGGACCUGGGUACCAAAACUGGAAAGAGGCAAGAUUUGUUUAAUGCUAUGGGAUCCAUGUAUACUGCUGUUCUCUUCCUAGGCGUACAAAACUCUUCUGCAGUACAACCUGUGGUUGCAGUUGAACGCACUGUGUUCUAUAGGGAGAAGGCAGCUGGAAUGUAUUCUGCAUUACCAUAUGCCUUUGGACAAGUUGUUAUUGAAAUUCCUUACAUACUUCUACAAUCAGGAGUGUAUGGUGUGCUUGUUUAUGCGAUGAUUGGAUUUGAAUGGACGGUAGCCAAAUUUUUCUGGUACAUUUUCAUAAUGUUCUUCACAUUGUUAUACUUCACCCUCUACGGCAUGAUGUCUGUGGCUGUUACUCCCAACGAAAGCAUUGCAUCCAUUGUCGCCGUCUUCUUCUAUGGGGCGUGGAAUCUAUUUUCUGGUUUCAUUGUUCCACGACCUAGAAUACCUAUAUGGUGGAGGUGGUACUACUGGGCAUGCCCCGUGGCAUGGACAUUGUAUGGAUUAGUGGUCUCACAAUUUGGAGAUAUUGAUGUUGAAAUGAGUGGUUCUAAUCAAACAGUGAAGCAAUUCUUAGAUGAUUACUUUGGAUUCAAACAUGAUUUUCUUGGAGUGGUGGCAGCUGUUAAUGUGGCCUUCCCUGUCAUAUUUGGAUUCACUUUCGCAUAUGCCAUUAAGGCAUUUAAUUUUCAGAGUAGAUAGAUAUGAUAUUUUCUUACGUAGAAGUUAAAACACGAAUUUAUGUACAUGAUGAUCAUGUUGAUAAGUUAAUCUCUUAAGAGACCUUUAUAUUUCAUCUUCCUAUGAGUUUUGGUUGUGUAAGAAGUUCACAAUUCAAUAGUUUGAUAAUAAUUACCUCUGAAAUUAUAUAUAUUAUAUCAGAGUUUCGAAAAUUUAGGAAUUAUGAAUCAUGACAAUAUGUUAUUAUACUAUUUUGAAGUGCUUUAUUUACCAAAUGUAAGAUAUAAA